UCCAUGUAAACAAGCCACCCAACUCGUCGGCCGAACCACUUUCUGGCCAAUUGCCCGCCGCUCUCCGUAGGCUGACUGAAAGCAACUCUGGUCUUGUCAACCGUUAUGCCGUACAAGAAGUUGGACCUCGCAGAAUCUAGCAAUCGACUGGCAAUGCCAUGCUUGCGGUGCAAACUAGAUACCCAUAUUCGCGAGAUCCCCAACAUUGCCGGGCUCGCAAUAUUGGCGACGGAAACGCAGGAGCUCGUAUUGUCAGCAGCUGAUUGACCGACGGGCGUGGACGCGUCAUCCUGGUCAAGCACUUCAAAUGCUUCUUGGAUCCUUUCCGCCAAACAUGCUCCGAUACAUUUCUGUCCCCGUAUGUAUACGUAAAUCUUGAACCUGUCGCUGACCAAACACUCCACAGUCGCCUUUUUGGAUUGCUGUGGUAAUCCCCCUGAAGAAGGCCCAGCCGUCAAUAUUGGAUUACGUAGCUGGCUCCACAGCGAACCGUCCGGUGUAGGCACGGCGCCUAGCUCGGUAUUGACGACAUUCAGCACCUGGCUCGCCUUGUUACGCAACGCAGCCUGAUCCCUUCUGCUUAUUACAGAAAUGAAGCUCCCGUCACCACCAGACCAAACCUGAUUCAAUCUGAGUUUCUCGGAUAGCGCUUUCGGUAUGUCAGGACCACCGACAUUCAUAGCGUGGAACUUCUUGUGCAGAGCUACAUCUUCGACAUGCGAAGGAACAUAAUCCAUUCCGCAGACCUUGCAAGUCUUCGUGAAAUCCGAUGCCAGGUCCAGUUGCGUUUGCACUAAGCGCACCUUCUUUUUCUGGGGUGGCUGCUUAUGGAGACUGGCGACGUGGUGGCUCCCUUGUGCCAGAGGCUCUUUUACAAAGCGUAUAAUUUUUGUCUUCCUUUUCAAAGAUGCAAACACUGGCCGCCGUCUCCGAGCAGGAGGAGAGAAAUUUUGGUGUGUUGGCGAGGAAGGUGGUGAUGACUGCGGGGCUUCGUCGGAGAAGAUGGCGUUGCAUUGUCUGGGACUUGAUGAAGGGACUACUGACGAGUCUCUUGAAGGCUUGAGAUUUUUCGUGGAUGUCGACAUGUCGCUUAAUGUGGGUUGAUUUUGAAGAAUGGUCGCAGUACUUUUAAACAUGGGCGACGCGACGAGACGCGUCGAGGAGGCUGAAAAGGCUAUCGAUAAGGUAUGGCGCUAGUCUGUCAGUACUAGACUUUCCGCCUCCAUGAUUCGUCCGACCACUGCCAAUUUCACUGCUUCCCUACAUUCAUUCCUGCGCCAACAAUCAUAGAUUAAUCUAUCUAGCAACAGCUGCUGGUGAAACGACAUGAGUUGUGUGCAUGCCCCAAAGAAGAAGAUCAAUUCAUGGAAAGUGAGCCAGGAAUCAUGCCCCUGCCUCUGCUGAACACAGGCUACCUCCAAACAAGCCUUUCAUCCCGGACCCAAAGCUAUUUCUUGUCCCUCAGUUGCACGCUACUCCCAAGAAGCGCGUCUUACACACCGCAUAGAGCGUAUUGUUCGCCCAGCGAGGAAGGUGCAACCCAUCCUCAGCCCUUCUGUUAUUGUGUGGCGGUACUCAAAUAGACACACGAGUCUGUGAAUCAAUAAAUAUGACUCAUCAACCCAUAGAUAGGACUGUCGGGUUAUGUAUACAGCAAGUUCACCUACAAACACCAAGCAACUGCACCACUUUUCAACUUUCACCCCAGGAAGCUCCCUCACGUCUUCACAAUGGCAUCCCCAACCACAGACACCAACACCUCUUCUUCUUCUUCUUCUCUUCCACCGCCCAUAGUAACAACCCCACGCCUCAUCAUCCGCCCCUACCACAUCCAAGACAUAGCCUCGAGCCAUGCAGCCGCUUCCCCAGCUUCGAUCCACAAGUACAUGUCCCUAGCCUUUGCGUACCCAUAUACGCUGGACCACGCUACAACAUGGGUGAAGAUGAACCUCGAGCCCCCCUUCCACCACUUCGUGAUUUGCGAGAAGGGAGCCGAGGAUGUGUGUAUCGGUGGUAUGUAUCCCUUCUUCCCCCUCCCAUCCCUUCCAUUUCCAAAGGGGGGAGGAGAAAAAAAAGUGAGACGGAGAAAUACAAGAGUGAAACAAAAAAACAUCGUAAAACGUGGAAUGAACUAACGCAACUUGUUCUGGUACUGUACGCAGGCAUCGGAGCCAAGCCAGGCACAGACGCAUCCUCGCACACGGCCGAGAUCGGAUACUGGAUCAGCGAAGCUCAUGCAGGACGCGGCUUGAGCACCGAAGCCGUGGCCGCGUACGUCGAUUGGUGUUUUGAGAGCAGAGUGCAUCCGCCGCCUGCUGUCGAGGGCGGUGGGAAGCGCUUGACGAGGAUGCAUGCUGAGAUUUUCAGUGGAAAUGCUGCGAGUAGUAAGUCUCUUUCAUUCUCUUUCUUUUCUUUUCUUCUCGUUUUCUUAUAAAGUGGUACGGUGUUGGGAUGUGGAAGAUGAAGAAGUAUUAGGAAGCAAUGAUGUGAGCCUCAGUAUGGCUAAUUUUUGGGGGAUCUUACCCCGUCCUUUUUUGUAGUGCGUAUCUUGGAAAAAUGCGGAUUCAAGCACGAGGGCGUGU